AUGUUUCGCUUUUGUGCCGCCGAUGUACUCAAUUGGAAUCAGAAAAAUGUGAUUUCUCGGUGUCUAAUCGUGUCUUAUUACAAUUGUUUGCGAGUUCGUUUAUGUCAUGCACCGAGACUGGGAGAAACAAUCCACCAUCAUGAAACGAAGGGGCGGAAUUUACACCCGAAACCUGCGCGAAGUGUUGUCAACGAAACAUUUCAAUCAAUUUCCCAAAAGCUAAAACUACCCUUUCUUAAGCCAGUUUACACAACCAUUCCUAUCCAUGGAGAAGGCAGAGCGUUUAAAACCAUUUUGACUCUUAAAUGGCCUGAAAAACAAAGUUUUGAAGCAAUAGGGAAAAACAAGAGAGAGUUAGAAGAAUUAGUUGCUAAACAAGCAUUGACUGCUUUGCAAGAUUCUAAUAUUAUUUCAGCUACAGGAAAGCUAGUGUGUGAGCUCAACACUCACAAGACUUUUGUGCCUCCCAAUAGUGAUGAACCAACCCAACCUUCUGUUACUGAAAACAAAGAAGAGUUUGCAGCUAUUGAGGCCACAUUUCCUAACUACAAAUCAACUUUGCUUAAUUGCUUCAUGAAAAUUUCAAAUCACAUGAAAGACGCCAAUUUUAUCGCUCGCCCGACAUUUAAACAUUUAAAAAGGAAAACAAACUCGAAAUGGCAAGCAAGCUAUAACUUGAAAUGGCCCGAGGCAAAGGAGUUUUCGGGAGAGGGAACUACUCGUGCCGAAGCUGAAAAACGUGCUAUACUUUCUGCUUUAAAUUGGUUGACGACAAACAAUCACUUACACAAAGAUGGUUAUCCGAAUUUAUAUUCCAAGGAAGAGCUCCAAGAAUUGAAAAAAAAUACAAGCAAUCCAGCUUCAGUUAAAUUAUCUCCAGUAUUAGUAGAAGAGCUAGAGGAAGUGUUGAACGAUUUCAAAAUUUUAAAACCUCUGCUGGACGAAAAUCGAGCAGUCUUUGAACGGGAAAUUGCCGCCAGGAACUUGAUUCGAGAAGAUGAAGAAGGAAUAGAGGAAGUAGAAGAAGAACUCGAACUAGAAGAAUCUCUAGGCAAUUUACCCAUUUCAUCAACUAACGAAUGGAAAUGUGAUGAUAACCAGGAAGUCCCAGUAGAUCCACUUACAGGACGAAGACUUCCGGUAUUAAGUCCAACAGAAAUUAAAAAACGAUGUGAUGAGUUGUACCGUAGUGCACAAAUGAGACUAGUAGAAAAAUCCGGUCCAGUUAUUCCUCAUCUUCCAAUUGCGGAAAAGCGUGAUGAAAUUCUAGAUUUAAUUGAAAAAAAUCGCGUCGUUGUGCUUAGCGGAGAUACUGGAUGUGGAAAAAGUACACAGAUGCCCCAGUAUUUGCUGGAUUCGUAUGCACUCAAGCAUCGUGGCACUGACUGCAAUAUAAUCGUAACACAGCCACGUCGCUUGGCCGCUCUUUCGUUAGCGCAAACUGUCGCAGGUCAUCGCGGAGAAAAAGUUGGUGAUAGCGUCGGUUACCAAGUGCGAUUAAACUCAGUGCUUCCUAGUCAGCAACAGGGUCGCAUACUCUUCUGUUCGACUGGCAUUCUUCUCCGAAGACUUCAAGCUUGUCCGAAUAUGUUAGGCAUAUCCCAUUUAAUUAUCGAUGAAGUACAUGAACGAGACUGUUUGACCGAUUUCACGUUAGUCAUCAUCAAAGAUCUUUUGCGAACAAAUCCGUUGUUAAAGGUAAUACUGAUGAGCGCGUCGCUAAAUGCGGACUUGCUGUCGCGCUACUUUGAUUCAGCGCCACUUACUCACGUCAGCGGAAGGGCUUUCCCUGUACAAAAACGCUUUUUAUCUGAAAUCAGACAGUUGACCCAAAGUUUUGGAAGUAGAAUAAAUAAUGCCGUAACCCUGAAACCCAUGGUCGACCAAGAUUUACUAGUCAAACUGGUUCGCCACAUCGACCUUAACAAACCUUCUCAAGGCUCGAUUUUGGUUUUCCUACCGGGUUGGGCUGACAUUAAAAACCUGCACUCUAAAUUAAAGGAGUUUUAUCCAAGCGAGGAAACUCACUGGAUUUUACCGGUCCACUCAAGACUUUCACAAACUGAACAGGAACGGAUAUUUGAUCGCCCCCCUGAAGGUGUCAGAAAAAUUGUGCUGGCCACUAAUAUAGCUGAAACUAGUUUAACGAUUCCGGAUUGUGUCUACGUGAUAGAUCCAGGGGUUCAUAAAGAGCUAAGAUACAAUUCUCAGCGUGGUACAGCUGUUAUGGAGAAUCAGUGGGUAUCCAAAGCCAAUGUUCAGCAGAGAGCGGGUCGCGCUGGACGUGUUCAACCAGGAGAAUCAUUCCAUCUGUACUCACAAGAGAAGUUUGAAGAAAUGGAGCCUUUCCCACAGGCAGAAAUUCUCCGAAUUCCGCUCGAGAAGGUAGUCAUGGACAUUAAGGCGUAUGAUGAAAAUCUGAAAUCAGUUGAUUUCUUAAGCCGGACAUUGGAACCUCCUACACAUCGUUCGAUCUACGACGCAAUUCAAGAAUUGCAGUCGAUCGGUGCGUUGGACGAAUACGAACACCUUACACCACUGGGACGACGUAUCGCCCAGUUUUCCACGCAUCCUCGUUUGGCCAAAUCACUAGUCUUUGCAACUCUUUUCCGCUGUCUCGAUCCAGUCGCAUCAAUCGUGGCUGGCCUUAGUUCAGCUCGUGAGGGCUGGUCUGUGGAAUCUACUGUCGAAAAACAACGACAAGUUAUUCGGCAAGCCAAGAAUCGGUUUCAUUCAACAAGCGACCACCUGGCUUUGGCCAAUUUAGUGAAACAGUUUCGUAAUCAACGUGGUCGAUAUGAAGUUGAUGAAUUCUGCGAUCAAUUUCGAGCCAAUCCCAAAUCACUUUAUUUUCUCAGAGGUGUUAGGAGUUUGUUAGUAGACCAUUUAAAGGAUGCGAAUUUACUAAGUGAUAGGCAGGACGCCGAUUCUACUCGUCACCCGGUGAACAUGUACGCGGACAAUGAAGAAAUGGUCAAAGCGGCUCUCCUUAUGGGAUUCGGUGAUCGAAUUCUCAGAGUACGUAGAGGAAGAAUGAUAAAAGGAAUGAUCAGAUCCAAUGAAACCGUCAUUUUGAGCGAGAAGCAUGGACCGGUUCAUAUUGUGCCAGAUUCAGUCAACGCUGACGUUAAGAGAAUUAAUUCCGAUUUUGUCUUCUAUUUCAAUGGCAUUUUUUCAACGGAACGUAGAGCUUUUGUCGUACGAGAUACAACCCAGAUAUCGAACAUAGCUACGUUGCUGACUGCUGGAAAGUCGAUUGCAAACGACAAUUUAAACUCACCAAAUGAUUCUGUAAAUAUCGUUGUUGACGGUAGCAGAAACAUGAAGUUUGCUUGUUUGUCAAGGGAAUCAGAGCUUUUAAUGGGCCUUCGAUACUCUUUGGGUGAAACCUGUGAUUUUCUACUGCGGACUGCUGGAUCACGACAAACGAAUGAUGUUGCUGCAACUGUAGGAAAAUUUCAUGGGCGACAGAUUGAAUUGCUUUCACGUUUGUUGUCACCAAAGGACGACUUUGAGUAAUUAGAUAAAAUUAAUUCUAUAGUGAACAAUUAAUAAUAAAUUAAUGAUUUGUUAUAAA